UCUCUCAAAGUCCUUGUGGACUGGGCUAGACGAGGGCGUGGAGUGAUAUUAGAUGAACUGAUCCCUCGUGUUGAUGAAAAACAGAAAAAUAUGUUGACAGGGUUGAGAUGACUGUUUUAUCUGGCAUGGUUCUUGAACUGAUCCUUUGCUGUUGUUCUGGGCACCUUUGGUGCACUUGAAUGGUUUCUGCCGAGUUAAGACCGUUCGCAUGAUCCAACACUCACUCUCAUGGGUCUUCACAUAAAUAUUUAUUGAUUCAUUGGUUUAUUUAUUGAUUUACUUAUUUACUUACUUCUUGUUUGAAAGAUGUUGUCGCUGUAUUUGAUAUUGGCCAAGGAUGAUUUUCGGAGGCUGGAAGGAACAAGCCGUGAAAGGCAUUUUUCAGUUGCCCCUUAUUUGACCCCCUGGACUGACAUGUGCAGUACAACACACCACAUGCUUUCUACUGAACUCAAUUUAAUGUUUUAAUGUUUUUUUUUUUUUUUUUUUACAACUAUUGGUUCUACAACUAAGUGUGCUCUGUGUUCUUUUUAAAUGUGCUCACUACACAGUAGGCACACUAAUUAAACCGCAACACUAUCCCUUAACUUUGAUGGGGAGUUUGAGUUGAUGCUGGACUGGUUUUUGUGAUGCACGUUUCCUGGGACUGUCAUCAUUAAUGUUCAUCGUGGAGGUGCUACUGGUCUCAGCUCAGUGUGCGACGGUGCCCCCAGGAGUGCUGUGUCUGUGAGUUCACUCAGUCAAGGGCUGGGGCCGGACUGUCGAGUCACGUCCCCGCGGUCACAUGUUUGUCAGAGGACUAAAGGAGGAAACCUAAUAGAAGGGGGAGGGGAGCAAUCACUGGGCUCUCCAAGGUUGGGAGUGUAGAGAAAGUGUGUGUGUGUGUGUGUGUGUGUGUGUGUGUGUGUUUGGGGAUGGGGGGGGGGGGAAACAAACAGACAGAGAGGCAGUGCUUUUAACUGAGAGAAAAGUAGAGUCUUUCAGCAGAGCUCAGACAGAUACAGCCUCUAACCACAGUCUCUUGCUCCCUCUCUCUCUCUCUCCCUCUCUCUCUUGCCUCCACAGUCUCUUGCUCCCUCUUUCUCUCUCUCUCCCUCUCUUGCCUCCCCUCCUCCCGCUGUUCUCUCACAUCUCCCCGGGUUUACAGGAGGUAUUGCUGUUGUCUUGCAAUGACUGCUGUGGCUUUAGACUCCUCGCAGUAAGCACUCAAAGGUUAUGCUGCCCAGACGCUCCACGCUGAGUCUAAGUGAAAAAGAGAAGGGCUAAAGUCUGCUCUCCACUCCACGGGAACACCACACCACACCGCCUCGCAGAGAGCCUCGCGGUAGGAUGACUGACCUGCAAGAUGUCAACGAUACCAAGGCAGCGAUGGGUUCUGCUGGGCACCUGCCUCCCCCAGGCCCCCCGCCCUCACGGCAGAGGGAUGAUGAGGACGAGCGGGACCUGAAUAAGACUCUGGGUGUUGAACGCUUCCAGCAAAUUCUCAAGCCCCCGCCUCGCCUCCCCUCGGAGAAGCACCGCAACUUCAAUGAGGAGGAUUUUGAAUAUCACCGGCACUCGUCCAUGCACACCCACCACCCGCUGUCCAAGCACCUGCCCUCCGAGGGCCGCAGGAAGAAGGGCAGCAAGAGGAAGAAGGGCUCGGGCCGCCGCAGGGGCUCCACGGGCAGCGCCACCGCCACCGCCACCGCGCCCACCAUAGAGGAGGACGAGGAGGAGGACGAGGGCGACGAAGAGCCCCUAAGCCAGCGGGACAGGGAGGCCAACGCCACCACGCUUACCGUACAGACAGACACGGACACACACACAGAGGAGGUGCAGUUCUUUGUGUCUGAUGAAGACCCAAGUAGCAGCUCCACCCAAAGCAAGUCCGACAGCAAUGCCUCCCCACGCCAGCUCGCCAUCGUACCCGAGUCCGCCCUGAGCGCCAGGGUCAGCGGUCAGUCAGAGGACGCUACGGCAACUGACGUGGUGGAGCCUGCCUCAGCUGGGCCUAAGGGCAGGAACGGGGGGCCGCACCCCUGCGUGUUCCCUCUCAGCUCCCCCGACUCCCCCAGCAGCCCUCCGCUCCUGGCGCCCCCCCCUCAGCGCUCCAGGCAGGGCUCCCUGGCGGGUCAGGGCGCCAGCGGCCGCAGCUACGACCUGCAGGACCGCCGCCGCACCGGGAACCAGACGGCCCCCGACAGCGCCCUGUACCAUUGCAUGCCCACGGACGAGAGCGAGGCCCAGAUGUUGGCCACGGUGGACCUGGACGGCAUCAAGAGUCACCGCUUUGAGGAUGUCCCCGGUGUGCGGCGUCACCUGGUCAGGAAGAGCACCAAAGGUCAGGUGGUUCACAUCAGUAAAGACCACAAGGAGCCCAGUGGCCGCAGCCGUAAAUUGGACCGCACCCCUCACGAGUGGAGAGGUCGGGCUAGCAGAAGGAGCUUGUUGGACCCAAAAGCCCACUGGGUUUUUGUAGAGCUGAACGAGCUGGUGAUUGAUAAAAACCAGGAGAUGCAGUGGAGAGAGACGGCUCGCUGGAUCAAGUUUGAGGAGGACGUGGAGGAGGAGACCGACCGCUGGGGCAAACCGCACGUGGCCUCCCUCUCCUUUCGCAGUUUACUGGAGCUCCGCAAGACCAUCUCACACGGUGCCGUGCUGUUGGACCUGGACCAGAAGACGCUGCCCGGCAUCGCCCACCAGGUGGUGGAGCAGAUGAUCAUCUCCGACCAGAUCACAGCCGAGGACCGCGCCAAUGUCCUCCGAGCUCUGCUGCUCAAACACAGUCACCCGAGUGACGAGAAGGAGCACACCACCUCCUUCCCCAGGAACAUCUCUGCCGCCUCUCUGGGUUCUCUCAUGGUCCAUCACCAUAGCAACAACCACAUCGCCAUUCCUGAGCCCAGUGCCACGGACCCACUCAUGACCACCAUGGACACAGACACCCGCCUAGACAUGGAGAAGAGCGAGAAAGAAAACCCUUCGUUGCUGGGGAUGCACAGGUCAAAGUCCAAACACGAACUCAAACUGCUGGAGAAGAUUCCAGAAAAUGCAGAGGCCACUGUUGUACUUGUGGGCAGUGUGGAUUUCCUGGACCAGCCCUCCAUGGCCUUUGUGCGGCUGCAGGAGGCUGUGCCGCUGGAGUCGGUGCUGGAGGUCCCCGUCCCAGUGCGCUUCCUGUUCGUGCUGCUCGGGCCGCCCAACACCAACAUGGACUACCACCAGAUCGGACGCUCCAUCUCCACACUCAUGUCGGACAAGCAUUUCCACGAGGCGGCGUACCUGGCGGACGAGCGCCAAGACCUGCUGAACGCCAUCAACAGCUUCCUGGACUGCAGCAUCGUGCUGCCGCCCUCCGAGGUGGGGGGGGAGGAGCUGCUCCACUCAGUGGCGCGCUUCCAGAAGGAGAUGCUCCGCAAGAGGCAGGAGCAGGAGGGCAAGCUGAUGGCCAAACAGCUCAAGAGCCCUGAUGAUAAGGAUCUGCGCCCACCUUUUAAGCCCGGGGAUGACCCUCUGAAGAGGACAGGUCGUCUGUUUGGGGGGGUGGUUCGUGACGUGCAGCGCCGCUACCCCAAAUACAUGAGUGACUUUAAAGACGCCCUCAAUCCCCAGUGCAUGGCCGCCGUCAUCUUCAUCUACUUCGCUGCUCUGUCUCCUGCCAUCACCUUUGGAGGCCUUCUAGGUGAAAAGACAGAAGGUCUGAUCGGUGUCUCAGAACUCAUCAUUGCCACGGCGAUCCACGGGGUGCUCUUCUGUCUGCUGAGCGCCCAGCCCCUCCUGGUGGUGGGCUUCUCUGGCCCUCUGCUGGUCUUUGAGGAGGCCUUCUGCUCUUUCUGCAAGGCGAAUCAGAUGGAGUACCUCACAGGGAGGGUUUGGAUCGGGUUCUGGCUCAUCAUCAUUGUGAUUUUAAUGGUGGCCUUCGAAGGCAGUUUCCUGGUCCGCUUUGUAUCCCGCUUCACCCAGGAGAUCUUCGCCUUCCUCAUCUCCCUCAUCUUCAUCUACGAGACCUUCUCAAAGCUAAUCAAGAUCUUCCAAGAUCACCCCCUAAAACGCUGCUACGCUAACAACAGUACAGCGGAGAAUGCCACAGCACCCGCCAGCAACACCAGCAUCAUCAGCAUCCUCACACCAAGCCCCAUGGAGGCACGGGAGGAGCCCAACACAGCGCUUCUGUCCUUCGUCCUCAUGUCAGGCACCUUCUUCAUCGCCUUCUACUUGCGCAAGUUUAAGAACAGCGCCUUCUUCCCUGGGAGUCUCCGCAGAAUCAUUGGAGAUUUUGGGGUGCCCAUAGCCAUCCUCAUCAUGGUCCUCGUGGACUAUAGCGUAAAGGACGCCCACACACAGAAGCUGAGCGUGCCCAGUGGGUUCUCCGUCACAAGCCCAGCGAAACGUGGCUGGGUGAUCCACCCCCUUGGCUCCGAUGGCCAGUUCCCCAUCUGGAUGAUGGCAGCCAGCCUUCUACCUGCUGUGCUUGUCUUCAUCCUCAUCUUCAUGGAGACUCAGAUCACCACCCUGAUAGUCAGUAAGAAGGAGCGGAUGCUAGUGAAGGGCACUGGGUUCCACCUGGACCUGUUGAUAAUCGUGGCCCUGGGUGGAGUGCUGUCGCUGUUUGGGCUACCGUGGUUGGCUGCUGCCACUGUGCGCUCCGUUACCCAUGCCAACGCCCUCACCGUCAUGAGUAAGGCUGUUGCCCCCGGCGACAAGCCACGCAUACAGGAAGUGAAGGAACAGCGGGUGACAGGAUUCCUGGUGGCUGUUUUUGUAGGUCUUUCAAUUGUUAUUGGAGACCUCUUGCGUCAGAUCCCCAUAGCUGUGCUGUUUGGGAUCUUCCUGUACAUGGGGGUGAUGUCACUCAAUGGCAUCCAACUGACCGAACGAAUACUACUACUGCUGAUGCCCCCAAAGUAUCACCCAGACCACACCUACGUACGCAAGGUGAAAACCUUGCGCAUGCACCUGUUCACUGGGAUCCAAUUGGUGUGUCUGAUCUCGUUGUGGGCGGUCAUGUCAACCUCCGCGUCGCUCGCCUUCCCCUUCGUCCUCAUCCUCACCGUGCCCGUGAAGAUGUUCCUCUUGCCCCGGAUCUUUACCACGCGGGAGAUGCAGUGUCUGGAUGCAGAUGAAGCUGAGCCCACGUUUGAUGAAAAGGAGGGUCAGGACGAGUAUACGGAGAUGCACAUGCCUGUGUGACAGAGCCUCCGCUGGGCUGAGUAGCUCCUAACACUGAAAUCACUGAUGUCAAACCCACUGGGAAGGUCCAUCAUGACAAUUGAGCAAGUAACCACUUCACAAGCAGACAUCUCACUGUUAUUAGAGCCUCUCAAGUCCCAUGAGUUGAUUUAAAAAAAAUCAAUCGAAUGCCUAAAACGGUCAUUUCUACCUUUGCAACCAUUUCUGACUGGUGUAUGCUGGUUGAUGUCCUUCCAUCCUUCCUUCCUUCCUUAUGGAAGGUUAGUGUGACAUUUUUCGUGUCUGCUUUAACAGGUAUAAAGACGAUGUAUACUUUUAUAGUGUUUAACACUGUAUGUCAUUCUAAGACCUUUAGACCGAAGUGUUAUCUACACACAAAUCACAAAGGGUGUUGUUGGUUGAACGCAUUUGAAGGUCAUGACCUCAAAAGAAGCACUUUAAAACACAGGGGGGGUCAGUAGAUAUUUACACUUUAUUCAUUAGAAUCAUUACCAUUGGAUACAUGCAUCUGAAGAUUUUGUAAAGCAGAGAAAGUUUACUAUGAUAUCACGGGAACAGCAUACAACAUAACUUGCUGGAGCAUUUAUAGCACUAUAUUGUUGUAGUCAUAGUAUGUUCUUACAUUUCAGAUGAACAAGCACCAAAGCAUCACUUUCUGUGAUCCCAAUUACAUUUCCAGAGAGCCUUCUGUCCAACAAGCUAAACACUGUGCAGUCACAUUGCCAGUCUGCUGUAAGCCACUGUCCUUUGACUUCACGCAUCACACAAUAGGAAUUAUAAAUGGUCACACAAGA